UUGGCGGGGAAGGGGGCGGAGAGGCUUCCACGUUCCUCGAAUCUGGGGCAAGGCAAAGCCAAGGGGAAAAAGAAAAAAAAGAAAGAAAGAAAGAGAGAGAGAGAGAGAGAGAAAGCGUCCGGAAGUUGCCAAUCGCCUUGCAGAGCCAGUGGCUGGCUUGGCUGCGCUGCGCUUGGAGCGAAAGGGCCAAAGGAGAGUCGCUGAAGGCGGCAGAAGGGAAAGCUGGACGCCUCUUUUCCCGGGACUUUUCCCCCUGCUCGAGGCUCGGGGAGCCUCUGCAUGGCCCUCCGCUAAGGGAGCUUGGCCAGCCCAGAGUCCCGGACCUUCUCCGCCUGCGUUCGGCCAUGGCUCUGGCGGAGCAGCAGCUUCUCCUGCGGGGCUCGCGGUGGCUCUUCCUGGCCGCCCUGGUGCUCACCUGUGACGGGCGAGGCGGGCAGAGGGAGGACGGGGGCGCCGCCUGCUACGGGGGCUUCGACCUCUACUUCAUCCUGGACAAAUCAGGAAGCGUCCUACACCACUGGAGUGAAAUCUAUUACUUUGUGGAACAUCUGGCUCACAAAUUCAUAAGCCCCCAGUUGAGAAUGUCCUUCAUUGUCUUCUCCAAUCAUGGCUUAACCCUCAUGGACCUGACAGAAGACAGGGAAAAAAUCCGUCAAGGCUUAGAUGAGCUUCAGAAGGUCUUGCCAGGAGGAGACACCUACAUGCACGAAGGAUUUGAAAGGGCCAGUGAGCAAAUUUACCACGAAAAUGUUCAAGGUUAUAGGACCGCCAGUGUCAUUAUUGCCUUGACGGAUGGAGAACUCCAUGAGGACUUUUUCUUCUAUUCUGAACGAGAGGCCAACCGGUCCCGUGAGCUGGGAGCAACGGUAUACUGUGUCGGUGUGAAGGACUUCAAUGAAACUCAGUUGGCUCGAAUCGCUGACAGCAAGGAUCACGUCUUCCCUGUGAAUGAUGGCUUCGAAGCUCUCCAGGGAAUCAUAGACUCUAUUCUGAAGAAAUCUUGCAUUGAAAUCCUUGCUGCAAAGCCUUCCAGUAUCUGUGCAGGCGAAUCCUUCCAAGUUGUGGUGACAGGAAAUGGCUUCCGACAUGCCCGGAAUGUGGAUCGAGUCCUCUGUAGCUUCAGAAUCAACGAGACAGUCACGCUUAUGCUUUAUAGCGUUGUUUGGAGAGUAGGAGUUGAGACAGUUGAUGUCCAGGAUUCCCUCCAUGGUUACCACCAUGUUUUACAGCUUCCAGCAUGCUCCAAAGAUAACACCUCGUGGAGGGCAUUGCAGGAAUCCAGCAACGAGGACAUCAUCCUGCUUGCAAACAAUGCCUAUGAGAGGAAGCUGAGCAUCAAUUGGUACUGCAUCUAG